GCUGCAGGAUCUUCAUCCCAUCGCGAGCUCCUAGUGGAUUUAUUGACACAGAAAUCCAACACCUGAGGAGGAAGUGGCAUCUUGUUGCCAUGGGCGACAGGUGAGGUUGUGAGAGGCUGGGUUAACAAAGUGUCAUAGAAAGACAGAGACAGAGAGACAGAGACAGAGACCGGUGGAAACUUCCCUGGGUUCUGUAAAAUAUUUUCAACCUGACGUUUACCUGGAUGUUUUUAGAGACUUUGGACAGAAGGAUGUUUUUAUUAGACUUCAGGCUGGUUGAUACUGGACCUGUUUCUCUUUUCCAUCACUCGGAGGUCGUGAUCUGCUGGAGCUGAAGUUUUACUGUGAGGAACACGUUGGAUUAGUUGACACACGCCUGUGAACAUUGUGGAUGCUUGUGCGUUGUUUGUGGAGUGUGUGUUUUUGUUUCUGCACGGGAACAUGUACAAGCGUCGGGAUUACGUGGAGCUCUACGAGAAGGAUCAGGCCAAAUGGGCUCUGGUCCGCAACGUCAACACUGUGAUGAAACACACCACGCUGCUGCCGGGCGACUACGUCUGGUUGGACUUGAAGACGGGUCGUGAGUUUGAGGUGCCGAUCGGUGCAGUGGUUAAACUCUGCGACUCGGGUCAGAUCCAGGUCCUGGACGAUGAAGGAAAUGAGCACUGGAUCUCCCCUCAGAACGCCACCAACAUCAAACCCAUGCACCCGACCUCCAUCCACGGCGUGGAGGACAUGAUCCGCCUGGGAGACCUGAACGAAGCCGGCAUCCUCCGCAACCUGCUCAUCAGAUACAGAGAAAAGCUGAUAUAUACGUACACUGGCUCCAUCCUGGUGGCCGUCAACCCUUACCAGCUGCUGCCCAUCUACACGGCCGACCAGAUCCGCCUCUACACCAACAAGAAGAUCGGUGAAAUGCCGCCUCACAUCUUCGCCAUCGCUGACAACUGCUACUUCAACAUGCAGAGGAACAACCGCGACCAGUGCUGCAUCAUCAGUGGAGAGUCUGGAGCAGGGAAAACAGAAAGCACCAAACUGAUCCUGCAGUUCCUGGCGGCCAUCAGUGGUCAACACUCCUGGAUAGAGCAGCAGGUCCUGGAGGCCAACCCCAUACUAGAAGCCUUUGGCAACGCGAAAACAAUCCGCAACGACAACUCGUCCCGUUUCGGGAAAUACAUCGACAUCCACUUCAACAAGAGAGGAGCCAUCGAGGGAGCCAAGAUCGAGCAGUACCUGCUGGAGAAGUCCAGAGUCUGUCGACAGGCCCACGACGAGAGGAACUACCACAUCUUCUACUGCAUGUUGAAGGGAAUGACUGCAGACGAGAAGAAGAAGCUGGGCCUCAGCAAAGCCACCGACUACACCUACCUGACCAUCGGUAAAUGCACCGUGUGUGACGGCCGCGACGAUAUGAAGGAAUAUUCCAACAUCCGCUCGGCCAUGAAGGUUUUAAUGUUCACAGACAAAGAGAACUGGGAGAUUUCAAAGCUUCUGGCUGCGAUUUUACACAUGGGCAACCUGAGAUACGAAGCUCGAACCUAUGACAACCUGGAUGCCUGUGAGGUCGUACGCAGUCCUCACCUCACCACCGCCGCUACGCUGCUGGAGGUGAACGAUAAAGAUCUGAUGAACUGUCUGACGAGUCGAACGCUGAUCACCAGAGGUGAGACCGUGUCCACGCCGCUCAGCAUGGAACAAGCCCUGGACGUACGGGACGCUUUCGUUAAGGGUAUUUACGGGCGUUUGUUUGUGUGGAUCGUGGAGAAGAUCAACGCUGCCAUUUACAAGCCUCCGUCGUCUCAGCCCAAAGCUCUGAGACGCUCCAUCGGUCUGCUGGACAUCUUCGGCUUCGAGAACUUCACCGUCAACAGCUUCGAGCAGCUCUGCAUCAACUUCGCCAACGAGAACCUGCAGCAGUUCUUCGUCCGUCACGUCUUCAAGCUGGAGCAGGAGGAGUACAACCUGGAGCACAUCAACUGGCAGCACAUCGAGUUCACCGACAACCAGGACGCCCUGGACAUGAUCGCCAUCAAACCCAUGAACAUCAUCUCGCUCAUCGACGAGGAGAGCAAGUUCCCCAAGGGCACCGACACCACCAUGCUCAACAAACUCAACUUCCAGCACAAGCUCCACACGAACUACAUCCCACCGAAGAACAACCACGAGACUCAGUUUGGCAUCCAACACUUUGCUGGAGUCGUUUUCUACGAGACGAGAGGUUUCCUGGAGAAGAACAGGGACACGUUGUACGGCGACAUCAUCCAGUUGGUUCACUCGUCCAAAAACAAGUUCAUCAAACAAAUCUUCCAGGCCGACGUUGCUAUGGGUGCAGAGACCAGGAAACGCUCUCCCACCCUCAGCAGCCAGUUUAAAAGGUCUCUGGAGCUGCUGAUGAGGACUCUGGGCGUCUGUCAGCCGUUCUUCGUCCGCUGCAUCAAACCCAACGAGUACAAGAAACCCAUGCUGUUUGACAGGGAGCUGUGUGUGCGUCAGCUGAGGUACUCUGGGAUGAUGGAGACCAUUCGUAUCCGCCGUGCGGGAUAUCCCAUCCGCUACACCUUCGUGGAGUUCGUCGACCGCUACCGGGUCCUGAUGCCUGGAGUCAAACCAGCGUACAAGCAGGAGGAUCUGAGGGGAACCUGCCAGAGAAUCGCUGAGGCCGUGUUGGGCAGAGACGACGACUGGCAGAUGGGAAAGACCAAGAUCUUCCUGAAGGAUCAUCACGACAUGCUGCUGGAGAUCGAGAGAGACAAGGCCAUCACAGACAAGGUCAUCCUCAUCCAGAAGGUGGUUCGAGGUUUUAAGGACAGGUCAAACUUCCUGAAGAUGAGGAAGUCGGCUGUGUUCAUCCAGAAGACGUUUAGAGGGUAUCAGUGCAGGAAGAACUACGGAGCAAUGCGAGCCGGCUUCUCUCGCCUGCAGGCUCUGGUUCGCUCCAGGAAGCUGUGCGCGUCGUAUCACGUCGCCCGACAGCGGAUCACGGCGUUUCAGGGCCGGUGUCGCGGCUACUUGGUGCGUCGGGCGUUCAGGCACCGACUGUGGGGCGUCGUCACCAUCCAGGCGUACACCAGGGGGAUGAUAGCGCGCCGGCUUUACAAGCGGCUGAAGGGAGAGUACCGCAGGAGGCUGGAGGCGGAGAAGAUGCGACUGGCUGAGGAGGCCAAGCUGAGGAACCAGAUGUCGGCAAAGAGGGCGAAGGCCGAGGCUGAACGCAAACACCAGGAGCGUCUGGCCCAGCUGGCCAAAGAAGACGCUGAGAGGGAGAGGAAGGAGAAGGAGGAGGCCCGGAGGAAGAAGGAGAUGGUGGAGCAGAUGGAGAAAGCUCGUCUGGAGCCCGUCAACGACUCCGACAUGGUGGACAAGGUGUUCGGCUUCCUGGGGACCACCAGCUCGUUCCCGGGGCAGGAGGGACAAGCCCCCGCUGGCUUCGAGGACCUGGAGCGAACUCACCGGGAGCUGGAGGAGGAGGAUCUGGACGAAUCCAUUCCUCUUCCUGAGGACGACGAGGACGACCUGUCGGAGUACAAGUUCGCCAAGUACGCAGCCACCUACUUCCAGGGCACGACCACGCACACCUACGUACGACGACCCCUCAAACAGCCACUGCUGUUCCACGAUGACGAGGGAGACCAGCUGGCGUCGCUGGCUGUGUGGAUCACGGUGCUGAGGUUCAUGGGAGAUCUACCGGAGCCCAAAUACCACACGGCCAUCAGCGACGGAAGCGAGAAGAUUCCCGUGAUGACUAAAAUCUACGAGACGCUGGGAAAGAAGACGUACAAGAGGGAGCUGCAGGCGCUGCAGGGGGAGGGGGAGACGCCUCACGCCGACAGUCACAAGAAAAACAGCGUCCGACACAAACUGGUGUCCCUCACCCUGAAGAAGAAAUCCAAGAUCACGGAGGAGGUCACCAAGCGCCUCAACGAUGGCGAGCACGGUCUCCACGGCAACAGCAUGCUGGAGGAUCGGCCGACGUCCAACCUGGAGAAGCUUCACUUCAUCAUCGGCAACGGGAUCCUGAGACCAGCUCUGAGGGAUGAGAUCUACUGUCAGAUCUGUAAACAGCUGAGUCAGAACCCGUCUAAGAGUUCUCACGCCCGCGGCUGGAUCCUCAUCUCUUUGUGCGUCGGCUGCUUCGCUCCGUCAGACAAAUUCGUCAAGUACCUGAGGAACUUCAUCAACAGCGGGCCGCCGGGCUACGCUCCAUACUGUGAAGAGAGACUGAGAAGAACCUUUGCCAACGGGACGAGGACGCAACCUCCAUCUUGGCUGGAGUUGCAGGCCACCAAGUCGAAGAAGCCCAUCAUGCUGCCGGUGACGUUCAUGGACGGAACGACCAAAACGCUGCUGACGGACUCGGCCACCACGGCCAAGGAGCUCUGCAACGCCCUGUCUGACAAGAUCAACCUACGUGACCGCUUCGGGUUCUCGCUGUACAUCGCUCUGUUUGACAAGGUCUCGUCUUUAGGCAGCGGGAACGACCACGUGAUGGACGCCGUGUCGCAGUGCGAGCAGUACGCGAAGGAGCAAGGAGCCCAGGAGAGGAACGCCCCCUGGAGGCUGUUCUUCAGGAAGGAGAUCUUCACGCCGUGGCACAAUCCCACCGACGACCAGGUCGCCACCAACCUCAUCUAUCAACAAACCGUCAGGGGCGUCAAGUUCGGGGAGUAUCGCUGCGACAGGGAUGAUCUCGCGGAGCUGGCGUCUCAGCAGUAUUACAUCGACUACGGUUCAGAGAUCCUCCUGGAGCGUCUGCUGAGCCUCAUCCCCUCGUACAUCCCCGACAGGGAGAUCAGUGCCUCCAGGACGGUGGAGAAAUGGGCUCAUUUCAUCAUGGCUGCUCAUAAAAAGGGCAUCUACACCCAGAAGAGGUUUGACCCUCAGAAGGUGAAGGAGGAAGUCGUGGACUUCGCUCGUCACAAGUGGCCGCUGCUCUUUUCUCGUUUCUACGAAGCCUUCAAGUUCUCAGGUCCCAGUCUCCCUAAGAACGACCUGAUCGUCGCUGUGAACUGGACCGGAGUUUAUUUUGUAGACGAGCAGGAGCAGGUCCUCCUCGAACUCUCCUUCCCAGAAAUAACUGCAGUCUCAAGCAGCAGAGGAGGAAAGCUGCAGGGUCAGAGUUUCACGUUGGCGACCAUCAAAGGAGAAGAUUACACCUUCACCUCCAACAACGCAGAGGACAUCCGAGACCUGGUGGUGACCUUCCUGGAAGGCCUGAGGAAGAGGUCCAAGUUUGUGGUGGCGCUGCAGGACAACCCAGACCCCACUGGCGGGGGCUCGACGUUCCUGAGCUUCAUGAAGGGAGACCUGAUCUUGUUGGACCAGGACACCGGUGAGCAGGUCCUGAACUCUGGCUGGGCCCACGGCAUCAACGAACGGACCAAUCAGAGAGGAGACUUCCCGGCGGACUGCGUCUACGUCCUGCCCACCGUGACCCGGCCUCAGAAAGACAUAGUGGCUCUGGUGACGAUGACGCCAGAUCAGCGCCAGGAGUCGGUUCGUGUCUCUCAGAUCGUCCUGCCUGAGACGGACGACCGAGCGAAGCCCUACACGCUGGAGGAGUUCUCCUACGACUACUUCAGGCCUCCCCCCAAACACACCCUGAGCCGAGUGAUGGUCACCAAGAAUCGCGGGAAGGACAAGAUGUGGAGCUGCACCCGAGAGCCGCUCAAACAGCCGCUGCUGAAGAAGGUGGUGAACCACGAGGAGCUGGCUCAGGAGGCCUGCAUGGCCUUCAUCGCUAUGAUGAAGUACAUGGGCGACUACCCGUCCAAGCGGACGCGCUCGGUCAACGAGCUGACGGACCAGAUCUUCGAGGGGGCGCUGAAGGCCGAGCCGCUGAAGGACGAGAUCUUCUGUCAGAUCAUCAAACAGCUCACCGACAACCACGUCAAGUACAGUGAGGAGAAAGGCUGGGAGCUGCUGUGGUUGUGCACUGGUCUGUUUCCCCCGAGUAACGUGCUGCUGCCGCACAUCCAACGCUUCCUCCAGUCCAAGAGACACCACCCGCUCUCUGGAGACUGCAUACAGAGGCUGCACAAAGCUCUACGUAACGGAUCCAGGAAGUAUCCCCCUCACCUGGUGGAAGUGGAGGCCAUCCAACAUAAAACCACGCAGAUCUUCCACAAAGUUUACUUCCCCGAUGAUACAGACGAGGCGUUCGAGGUGGAGUCCAGCACCAAAGCCAAGGAUUUCUGCCAGAACAUUUCAACCAGACUUCUGCUUAAAUCUCCUGAAGGUUUCAGCCUCUUUGUCAAGAUCUCAGACAAGGUGAUCAGUGUGCCAGAGGGGGACUUCUUCUUUGACUUCGUCAGACAUUUGACGGACUGGAUCAAGAAGUCUCGUCCGGCUAAAGACGGAAUCGUUCCCUCUCUUACCUAUCAGGUGUUUUUCAUGAAGAAGCUGUGGACCAACACGGUACCAGGGAAGGACUCCUUCGCUGACUCCAUCUUCCACUACUACCAGGAGCUGCCUAAAUACCUGCGUGGCUACCACAAGUGUUCACGGGAGGAGGUUUUCCAGCUCGCAGCUCUCAUCUAUCGCGUCAAGUUCGAGGAUGACAAAUCCCACUUUCCUACAAUUCCCAAGAUGCUUCAGGAGCUGGUUCCCCAGGACCUCGUUCGCCAGAUGUCUCCCGAUGACUGGAAGAGAUCCGUGGUUGCAUACUUCAACAAGCAGGCCGGUAAAUCCAGGGAAGAAGCCAAACUGAUGUUUCUGAAGAUCAUCUACAAAUGGCCGACAUUUGGCUCCGCCUUCUUUGAGGUCAAGCAAACCACAGAACCCAACUACCCAGAGAUCCUGCUAAUCGCCAUCAACAAACAUGGAGUCAGUCUCAUCGACCCCAAGACAAAGGACAUACUGACCACACAUCCCUUCACCAAGAUUUCCAACUGGAGCAGUGGAAACACCUACUUCCACAUCACCAUCGGGAACCUGGUCCGAGGAAGCAAACUGCUGUGUGAGACGUCGCUGGGCUACAAGAUGGACGACCUGCUGACCUCCUACAUCAGCCAGAUGCUCACCACCAUGAACAAGCGCUCCGGCCGCGGCCACAGCAAGUGAACUUGUUACUGGCAGGAGGCGGCCGAGCUCGUCCGCCUGUUGCGGCCGGUCGGCCAUUACUGCAGCUGGGGGCGAACCUUCGCCCACCAGCUGUGGAGGAUGAGCCGCACUCCUUCCUCCAGCUCAGCGGGGUCCAGGGUCACGGGGAGUUCGGCCACGAGCAGCGACGACCCCGGCGAAGGCCCCAGCAACUAUAACCUCCUCCACCGCUACGACGAGGACGAGCCGUCCAGCGAGGACGACUACCUCUGAAACCUUCCUCCUCCUGGUUUGGGACGGACCUGCUAGUGCUACUUAACAGAGACGACACUGACUGGAUUUUAAAUACAAGCAUUUUACCGUGUUACUGUGCUAACAGGGGUUAGCAUGCUAAGCUACUAAACAGAGACACUGUUAAAAUGUCACCAAGGUCUUUAAUUCACAGAGAAUUACAUUCAGACAGUGGAUUUAUUUUAAUUCAGCCACAACAACAACCCACUCACAUCAUUAGGCUUUAAUGCUAUAAUACAACUGUCGAUAAAUAUUUAAUAAAUAACUGUAGAUAAAUACUGAUUUUCCAUUUUUCUUUCUUUUGAUUCGCUCUCAUUAAUAAUGCAGAAAUCCUGACGAGCUUCUAAGAGUCGUCCGCUUUGAUCAUUUGGAGCCAAAUGUCAUUAAAAAGUCUUAACAUCCUCAUAAAAAGGCCUUCGUAUGUUUUUAAGGAUAUUUUAUACUUUGCCAUAAGCAGCAAUGGGAAGUUACACAAACUUGCAUAUAUUAGUUCUUUUAUAACUGCUUAGUAAAUGUACUGUUACUGCUAGUAAAGUACUGAGCUUAUAGUCAUUGUGAACGUAAGACCAGAAGAAACCCUGAAUAGUUUUUAAAAAUAAUAAUAAUAAUAAUUUUGUGUAAAUUCUCACGUCUUGAAAUCCUAAUAAAGUCAAAAGGUUUUGUGUUUCAGUUAUUUCUUCCCAUAUAAACGAUAUUUAUAUUUAAAUAACCAAGAUGUUUUAGUAGAUUUACACUGUAUUUUUAUUUAAAACUCUAGAUUAUUUAUGACCUGAUCUGUGUGUAAGAGUUCAAUAUUGUUGUCUAAUACCUAAUUGUUUUAUGUUGUUCACUAUCAGCUGUUUGUGUUUAGUUUUACAUUAUUCAUGCUUCAUCACAGUUGUGACUACAUUACCCAGAAUCCUCCAGGGGCCACAUUUACUGUUUUUCUUCAUGUCAUCGUCACUGGAAGGAUUUUCUGCUUAAAUAUGAGGAAAUAUAUUAAUGUCAAGUGUCUUCAUACAUGUUGAAGUUUGUGGUUUGGCUUCAUGUAUAUUUCUACAUUUUUUUUUAUCAUUGUGUUUCCAUGUUGUAUAUUAUUUUUCCACACGGUUGCAUGAAUUGUCCUUUUUGCGGAGUCAGUCUGAAUAAACAUGGAGGAUCUGUUAAACACAUACCUCCAAACAAGCUUCAAGAUAAAAGGACCUGGAUCUGAGUCUGAAACGAAAAUUAGAUGAACAAUCAAAAUCAAAUCAAACAGAACAGGAGAGUUUCACAAGCUUCUUUCUACAUUUUUUUUAACAUACAUCAUUUUUUUUUUUACUUGGUCGAAAGUCCAGAUAAUUCUUAAGAAAAUUUCUGAGACUUGAAAAUAAAAUUAACCUGUAGUUAUAUAGAAAAAGUAAAACACUCACCAGUUUUUCCAGAAGUUUUUCCUGAAUUCCUGCUGUAAAACCAGAUGAUCAUUCUGAACAUUUUAAACACAUUAAACACAGUAACUUUACCUCCGUUUAAGCUGCAUUAAAAACAGACCUGUUGUUUUUCAGUAAUAGCAUAGAUCACGUUUUUCUGAUCUGUCGUUAGUUAGUUCAUCUCUUUCAGAACAAACCACAUUAAAUGAACAAUAUGUGACCAUUUAAUCCUCAGAUGUUACUACUUUUAGGAACUUGUUUGUAAUUUGUGCUUCAUACGUUUACCUGUACUGGGCUUUUGUUUGUGGGCUGAUUUUUUAACUGUGCCAAUCAUUUCGUGUUUCUAAUCUAAACCUGUGUUUUAAGGUCAUUACUUCUCUCUUCGUUGACGUCCUGCAGUGUUUUCAUCCUCUGCGUAAUGAGUGUUCUUGCUUUUGUAAAAUACAUUUAAUAAACUUGUUUUGACUCU